AUGUGACUUGGGAGCUCUCUAAAACAUUAUCGAUGACCUGGCGGGGACCCUGGAAAUAGGGCGGCGUCAAAGAUCUCUUCCAAGGAAGGGGCCCCUCUGAGAAGGAGUGAGUCCUUGCUUUUGCUCGACAGUGCACGGCGGGGUGGAAGAAGCACCCACUAUGCCAGAAAACGGCCUGAAAAGUGACAAAAUUUAAUAAUAACAGUCAGACGAACAGUUUUCAAUAACUCACCCGGGGAGAAAUUGCCACGGAUUUUGCGAUAUACUCGUUUGUGUGCGCGCGGCACGACCAUCAAAGCCGAUGAUCAAAGAGACCUCUCAUGGUGGAAGCCCUUCGUUCGUCAUAUGUGUUUAACCAUGACCCGAACCAUUGGAGCCAGAAAUUAUAUUCCACGACCUUCUCAUUCCGGAUCUCCGUGGAUUCCGUCAUCCAUCUCGACAAAUGGGUCAAGUUUUUCGCGGUGCUGUGGAGGCCUAAAGACGACCAAUGCUGGAGGCUUUCUCUGAUCCCUUACCCACCACCAUCGUCAUUUUUUCGCUCACUAAUAUCACUACUAAGGAUACUACCACUACAUUGUCUUCCUCCUUCUUGAAUGGCUUGAAAGGGCUCCUCCUCGUCGGACAGCACAGGCCACCAUAGAACUUGUGUUCGUGGUAGUGGCGUGGCUUUGCUACUCCAACCAGAACCUACUUGAGGGGAAAGAGCUCUCGAAAAAGCCCGACGACGACAUCUUGGCGACAAGUGCUGAUCAUCUUCUUCAUCUUCUUCCUCGAGCUUUUCGUCAACAUUUGGAAACUGUUCGGAAACCUAAAGCCUUCAGAAGAGAAAAAAAACAUAUCCAUCCAUCCGAAGGAGGGCCAAGAAAACGGAGCAACUCGGUUAUCCAGCUUUUGCUUUUGCUUGGGUGUUCAUCCAAGCCCUAGAGUUGUGAUUGGACUUUUUUGAUUGGUUUGAGGCUGGCCAGAUAUUUCUGCCUUAGUUGGGAGUAAAAUCAUCCCAAAUUCCCUUGUUUACCGUUUUCUGAAAGUUUUUCGUGGAAAGGGAUAUUGGCAACCCGUAGAAGACCAAAGUUUAUUUGAGGCCUUGACCUUCUAAGGAAUGACGUAUCAGAGGAGUCCCUAGUCAUGUCUAAUCUUUGAAUGGAACAAGUCAGUGAGUGAACGUUGGUCGUCGAUCCGAACGCCAUACUAACUCGAGUGAACCAGCAUCAUGGCCUGGGGCUUUUGGACCACCUAUAGUGCCAACACACAUGUGCCCAAGUACACGAGCAACUUCAGCCCUCCGUUCAAACGAGAGCGCUCCCUUGACCGUGAUAGCGUCGUCGAGAAAGAGCGGCAGCUUUUGAAGUCGUCUUCGUCAGCAGGCAGCCUUCAUAAUGAGCGACAUGAGAGCGCUGGUGCCAAUGGAAGGGCCCCCUCAAGGCUUGGACAUCACAUCAUGGGCAACCAUAUUGCCCCCGAGAAAGUGGCAUAUGAGAGACAUUUGUUAUUGGGAGACCCAGAUUGGUCUUCCCGGACGGUGGCGGAUAGGAACACAUUGCCGAGAAAAAAACAAUAUGACUUUGAGAGGGGCUCCGUCUCCCCUUCGGAGGAGGUGUACUAUUCCAACCAGAAGUCACCUGUUACACCCAUGGAGUCUGGUAAUUCUCGGAAAAGUAGCGAUGAUGUCUUUUGCCCUGCAUGUGCUCACCAGUCGUCGUCACAACAUAACAGUAGUAAUCGUGAGAGCCGAGUGAGCUUUGGUUCCAUAGCAUCCAGUAGUCGUGGGAGUCGGGGGAGUAGCAGUGGAGGACCUUCAGGCCGUGGUGGUGGUGGUGGUGGUGGAAUGACCUCAAGAAUGAGAUCCAGGUCUCAAGAAGAUGAUGAAAGCUCAGGCAGAGGUGGGAUCCUGUCCUCGUCAGUUCCCACUCCUCCUCCACCACCCUUCCUCUCAAAUCGUGAUAUCAUACAUUCUUCGUUAAUGGAAACCAUCAAUCAGAAAAUGUCCAUUCUUUCAUCGAUUCGUAACGCUCUCCCCAACACGACAGACUUCCAUGUGGAGCAACACCAUGAAAUGCAAUACCGACAUGAACGUCCCCAAACAACUCCGAGGCGCCAUUCUAGCAGAGUGCCAUCAGGUGGCCAUGUUUACAAUCAGCCUCCACAAAGGAGUCUCUCUUCAAAAAGUGGACGAAAAGCCUCGAGCAUAUCACUUCGGGAUGGUAGCGGCGGUGGAGGCGGAGGCGGCGAAACUGCCCCUAGCACUCCCGUCACCCGUCAUCAACAACCAACCCCAUUAUUACAACAGGUCUCGGACAACACUUCGAGUCAUCCCAGGUCAUCCAGAAGUAGCUCCAGAACUACCCCACGGGGAUCUUCUUCUAGAGCAUCCCACGAGUCUAUCAGAAGCAUUCCACCCACUACACCACUGGAAGAUGGGACGUAUGAGCGAAUUGGAGAUCAUGUUGAUGAUGACCCCGGGGUCUUGGAACAUAGCGGUGGGAGCGUGAUUGGCAUUCGCAAUGCUCCCAAACCCAUCGACACAUCACCGGGCGCCCAGGCUCAGACCCCUGCCGAAGAUGGAGGUGAUGAACAAGACGAUCAGGAAAAUAACAAGCACACAGGCACGGUCAAACGACGCAAGAGACGUUCAUCUCAUAUUCGGUUGUCGCAAGAGCGAUUGGAAGAGAAUCAGAAAAGCCGCACAUUGCCGCACCCACCACAACGAGGGGACCAGUUCCAUGACCAUGGCGGUCAGUCGCGAGAGAGGGUGUUCUUUUCACGGUAUCUAGACGAUAGCAAUGGCCACUCUCACAAUAUUCAGGAUGGCGAGUUUCAGAAUCAGCACUACCAACAUCAUCACCCUCGAUACCACAGAGAGUGUCAAUCCCAGAGUGGUAGUCGGAAAUCGUCCCAAGAACGACUAGAGCGCCACCGUCAAGCCGGUCGUCACUUAAGUUUGUCUCAAGAGAGGCUUGAAGACAAAUAUUCAGACCAUAGUAUGCAAUGCAUUGCUGACCACCAUCAUCACCACCGUCACAAUCAUCACCAGCAGCAAUCAGCAGACCGUCCUUGUUCCAGGUCUCAAGAGGAAAUUGUGUUCCAUCCUGAUGAUUAUCGUAGGACUUCCUACGAGGAUUUAAUUGAUCAACGCCAUCAGUAUGUGCAUUAUGCCAAUGACGCACCUCUUUUGCCGCCUCACCAUAACCACAUCGGGUCUCAAGAGGUAUUGGACAAUGCCAGUUGCAAGAUUAUACCAAAAAAUAGCAUUAGCAUUAGCGAGAGUCCGCACUCAUUGGCUCGCAAAGUGGCGCACACUGACAAUGGUCAUGUGUACAAGUCAUCUUUGAAACGAAGCGUUGGACCCAUCGAGUUUUCACAUCACCUCCUAUCACAUUCCCAUGAUAGUGAGCCUAGUGGAGAUGAACGCUUUAUUCAACAAUUGACUUACCACCAAACUCACCAGCUCAUGACACGGCCAAACAGUUACCACGAUCACGUGCCAAUGGAGAAGGGUCUGCGCCCUCGAAGCUCAAGUAUUGGAGACCGACUCUCAGACAGCAGUGAGCCGACAACUGUGGCUGUGGCUGAGCCCUUAUCUAAUCGCCAAAGAAAGCACCACACACUGGGAGGGUAUGGCCAUCACCAUCAUCCUCACCACCAUCACUCCCAUACUCGCCAUCGGCAUCCCUCGCAAGCCCCACAUUUCAGGGACUCGAGGGCCACAGGAAAUGGCGGAGUCACACCCAUUCUUACGAAUAGCUUGCCUCCAAGGCCAGACCUGGAGCCGGCUAGAACUGACAUUGAUCGACAUUUGCCCUCGAUGAGUUCUUUCCAAUCAACUGUGCCAUCAUCGAGCCUCUCCGCCGCCUCCUCUCGGUCGGAAAAGUCGUCGUCUAGGUCAUCCCAAUCUCCAUCAAGCGAGUUCCCCAAACCUGGUUGUCACUCGUCAAGAUGUCGGAAGAAAAACUCGCUAACCAAUACGCCCCCAACAUCACUAAAAGGCUCAGUGGUACUUUGUGACCCACCAAUUGCCACCCCUCCUGAGGAAAUGCCAAUGCUCCGACGAGAACUCCCUCCAGAGCCGGUGGGUUCUCCACCCAGUGUUGCCAAUGAGUCUGAACCAGAACUACGAUGAUGAUCACUGGCAUUUACCAUGUCCGACUCAGCGUUGUUUCCAAAGCAAUCAUGGGAAUGACAUGAAACAGCAAAGACAUUGCUUUUACAAACGCGACUAUGCAUGCUCAAUUUUUUUCUAGCUACCAAAAGCUAGUGCUGGGAAUCGGUGCUUGCUGUUUCAACUGACGUUUCAACGCGGAGAAGACUCAGAUUGUAAAUCUCAUACUGGCUGACCGCAUCAAAAGCACCCUACACGCCCUUGAGGGCUCAUGAUUCAGCAUUUCAAAGCGCUAUUUUGUGCAUUGGUAUGAAGAUCAUACAAUCGAGCAUACUUCCCUUGCUUUGAUUGAUAUGUAUAUUCCCGUGGGAAAGUCCCACUUCAUCUUCAAUAGCUGCUACAACAACGGCAACCAAAAUUACAUUACUAAUGUACCAAUAGUCCUUUUUACCUCGACACAGGUAGUAUAAGGGCAGAAUUUGUGACCUCUUGCAUGACUUUAAACACCAGUGCGUGAAUAGUGUAAAUGCGAUUCAAAUUUUAUACUGAAAUGAAUCUUGCGAGGACUCUUCAUAAUAACGAGUAAAUCUGAUUAAUAAUAGUCCUAUGAACCACCACACACACCACAGAAUGAAAAUGAUAUCGGAUAAUAAUGAUGACAAUAAACAUGAAUCCAUUCCGAA